AUGUCAAAUCCUGAGUCCUUCAGAGAGCUUUGUCGUAAAGAAAUUCACACUGGGCCGACGUCAGGCGUGUUGCCAGGGUAUAUUCAAGCAAAUUUGCUGAUAUUGCCCAAAUGUGUAGCUGAAAGUUUUGAAGAUCUUUGUACCAGAAACCCUGUAGCCUGCCCAAUUCUCUCAAAAACUGAAGGUGGGCCCCAAUUUCUCAGAAAUCACGCCAGCCUCAUUAAACAGGGCACGUUUGAUAUCCGCACCGAUUUCCCACGGUACAACGUCUACUCAAGAGGCAAACUCGUGCAGCAAAAGAACAAUUGCGUUAAUGAAUGGUCCAGCGACCAUGUUGGUUUUCUUAUAGGGUGCUCCUUCACUUUUGAACAUGCAUUGGAAAAGGCCGGGCUUGUGCCGAAAAAUGUCCUUUACAAUAAAAACGUGUCCAUGUUUAGGACUACCAAGUUCCUUGACUCAGCCGGGAUUUUUCACCAAUGCCCUUACGUGGUAAGCAUGAGACCCUAUAAACUAACGGAAGUUGAAAUCGUGAGAGAAAUAACCAGAAAGUUCAAAAAGACGCAUGGAGAACCUCUCGACUGGGGCUAUGACGGGGCAAAACGCCUGGGAAUAGAAGAUCUCCAAAAGCCAGACUAUGGCGACCCGAUAGACAUUGGUGAACAAGAGAUACCAAUGUUCUGGGCGUGCGGAGUCACACCGCAACUGGCAGUUACGACAGUCGGAGAUCGUAUUGAAGGUUCUGUAAUCGGCCAUACGCCUGGGCAUAUGCUUAUAUUAGAUGCAACAGAUGUAGAUUGGUGCUAG